UUGAAAAUGUCAGCCAGAGGAAAAGCUGAUCAUGCCGAUGCAUGGCAGGUCUGCCGAGCGCUUUAAGAAACCCCCAGAUAAGUUUUUCUUUUUUGAGUCGCAGUUGACUCUUUUGCGCUUGGAUGACAACACGGAUACGAUACGUUAAGAGAUUCAGGUCUGCAUUUUAUCAUUGAGCUCUAGUGGGUUUGAGUGACAGCUCGGAGUGUCAGCUAGCCUGGAAGCUAAACUAGCAAGACGAUUUUGGGUUCCCUGCUGCUACCUGCUCAUUUUGGCUUUCUGGUGAAGAACAGAAUUUUCAGUCAUGGCAGGAGGAAUUACAGAGACUGGAGAACCCUACUCUGCAUUUGUGGGGCUGGUGUACAUGUUCAAUCUUAUUGUGGGAACGGGAGCUCUGACCAUGCCCAAGGCCUUUGCUACAGCUGGCUGGGUUGUCAGCUUAGCACUUAUCUCCUUUUUAGGCUUCAUGAGUUACAUGACUACCACCUUUGUGAUAGAGGCAAUGGCGGCAGCCAACGCUCAGCUGCGCUGGAAAAGGCGAGAGCAGGAAGACAUCGAUGACAGUGACUCCAGUUCUGGGUAUUCAGAUGAUGAUGAGUUUGUGGGCAGAGGCCGAUCAGAGGUAGAAACAAGGCCCAUCUUGUCUGUUCAACGAUCUGGAGGCCAGUGUGAUCAUUUUGACAUUAUCGAGCGGGUUGAGAUGGGUCAGAUGGCCUCUAUGUUCUUUAAUAAAGUUGGGGUCAAUAUGUUUUACAUCUGCAUUAUUGUCUAUCUGUAUGGAGACCUGGCCAUUUAUGCAGCUGCUGUGCCUAUAUCGCUAAUGGAGGUUGCAUGUGGAAAUCACUCCUGCAGUGCUGGACGAGGGAAGUACAACGACACAGACCCAUGUUGGGGUUCUGUCUCGAGAAAUAAUGCAUAUAGGGUCUUUCUGAGUAUUUUCACUCUUCUUUUGGGGCCUUUCACCUUCUUCAGUGCUCAGAAGACCAAAUAUCUUCAGAUCCUCACCUCACUCAUGCGCUGGAUUGCUUUCACCAUGAUGAUCAUCUUGGCUCUUAUACGCAUCGGUAAAGGGACAGGCGAGGGCAAACCACCAGUAGCCAGCUUGUCUGGGGUGCCAAACCUGUUUGGUGUAUGUGUUUAUUCCUUCAUGUGCCAACACUCCCUACCUUCCUUAGUGACGCCCAUCUCUGAAAAGAAACAUGUUGGCGUCUUGGUUCUUGCAGACUAUAUUCUUAUCCUGGGCUUCUAUGUCCUGCUGUCCUUCACUGCCAUCUUCUGCUUCGACAGCUCAUUGCUCUAUGACAUGUAUACACUCAACUUCACUGAUAACUGCAAUGUGCUCGACAUUCCUGCCUUGCGCUAUUUCUUAGGCCUCUUCCCUGUUUUCACCAUUAGCACUAACUUUCCCAUCAUUGCAGUCACUCUUCGCAACAACUGGAAGACUCUGUUCCACAGGGAUGGAGGCACAUAUCCGUGGGUCGUGGACAGAAUUGUAUUUCCACUUAUUACGCUGGUACCCCCUAUCAUUGUGGCCUUCUGCACCCACAACCUGGAGUCCUUAGUGGGCAUUACAGGAUCCUAUGCUGGCACUGGGAUCCAGUACAUUAUCCCCGCCUUCCUUGUAUAUUAUGCCAGACGGCAUCUGGAGCCAGUGGUGGGCCAAGAUGCCAUCAACAAGCACCAGUCUCCCUUCAGACACACUUUCUGGGUGUGGUUUGUUUUGGUGUGGGCUGGAUCCUGCCUCGUGUUUGUCACAGCCAACAUUAUCUUGACUGACAAAAAAUGAGGACUGUAUUUCAUAAUUUUGUUUGGGAGAAAGAAAAAAAUCUCUGGCCAGCACAAUUAAUGAAGCCUUACGUACCGCUGGUUGGACCAUGUGCCUUUUUUAUGGGACUAAAUGGAACUCUGCCACAUAUAUUAAAUGUAUUUAAGAUUGAAAUGCUGGUUUGUAUUAAAUGUAAUUAAUUUAUCAAACUUAUUAAAAAGGACCAAAUGGGAAAACGUUGUUCUAUCAUGAACGUUGGCGCGCUGCAUGGCAACAAUAAUAUCAGGGAGUGUAAAUUGGGAGACUUGUGUGGACAAAAAGUAUGUUUUCAGUCUAUAUCCAAUGGUUACGUUUCUGAAGGUUUUGUCCUUUCACAGCUUCUUUUUUGUAAUGUACUUGAUAGCUGUGAGGUACAAGGAGUGAAACGUGUGUCUUAAUGGCGCAUUCUUUCCCACAUGCAUCAUUUACCUUACUGUUAGAUACUAGAGGUUUUUUCCAUUACCAGAAUGUUUAAUGAAAGCCACAGAGUACUUUGUGAUGGCAAAGGAACUGGACAGAGUAGGGUGACGUUUACAGAAUGCUGAAUAUUGGUGACUAUAAUUUAAUGCUCACAAUAAUGACAAUUGAAUAGACAAUGAGGUGUUGAUUUGACUCCCACAGAAACAGACUGCUGGUGUGGAUGUUGAUGCUGGAUUUCAGUCACUGAGGUAGGGGAAUUUCUGAUGACUACACCAGCUGGACCUCCAAUUUGUCUUGUAGAUGUUUUUACUACUCAUUGAAGUGACUUUGAUACUAUAAAGUUACUAUAUAGUCUGUGUAUGAAGAUGCAGGAGCUCAUGUCGCCUGUCAUUUAGAUAGAAGACAUCCAGAAGGUCACAACUAUUGAACCUCCCAUCUAUUGGCAAUCUCCUCCUUGCAUGUUUAUUAACUUUUUCAAAACAGCUGAGUCCAGAGUUGUCACAGUACCUGUUUUUGUUGCUUAGUGAUUGAGGUAAAUGAAGUCGAAAACAUUUUGAGUGACUUGGAAAUGUUAAAGCAUCCCUCCACUGACCUGUCCAAAGAAAACUUCAAUGUAAAAAUGAUGAUUUGUAUUAAAAUUUACUUAUGGGCUUUUAAAAUGGAUCAUGUGUAAAAAUGGCUGUAAUUCCUAAAUUAUAAAGGAUAUUUUUUGUUAAACUCCUGGAAUUAAAGAUUACAAUCUUCA